GUGUGUUGAGGCCACAUGGCGCGGCCUAUCUCCCCACCAUUGUACCUCGACUGGCUCACGACUUGCCACAGCUGCUUAAAGCGCGCACCACUGGCGGCCUGUUCACAGUGGGGCAGCAGGAGCAGGGGCAGGAGCUUGCGAGCAAAACCUCGACAACAACGGCCGACGGAGGCCGCAAGGCUGCAAACAACCGCGACGACGGCGGCGACGAUCGCGAGUAUGGCAUUGGCGGGGCUGGGCUCCUAGGACCAAAUCAUUUCGGUCCAAGGAUAGCACAAGCUGCGCAGUUGAUCUCGGGGGUCAUUGACAACGACGACAACGAGAAGGUAUCCCAUCACCAGCAAGCUGCUAUAAUGGGCGAGGUAUUGGUGCCCAGCAAGCAACGGCUCGCCAAUGCCAAGGCAUCUGCCAUGACACCGCCCAGCAGCGGCCCAACGUCGUCAUCAUCGAGCCGCGCGAAUUCGCCCUUCAAGCCAUGGCUCGUCGAGAGGGCUCAAAUGGAAGCUCGUCGUCAGGAUGCGCAACCUCGUCUGGAGAGGAGCUCGAGCUUCCUGGAAGCGGGACCGUCAAGGGCCCUCUACAGUGCCCCUUCGCAGCCCAAUGCAGCCAGCGAGCAUGCCCAGGCAGUCUACUGGUCCAAUCCAAGCAGCUCGGCUACGGCCUCUCCGCAAAACGACGCGCCUAUCCAGCGACAACGUAUCGACGCUGUGGUGGAUCAGCAUCAGCAUCAGCAAGAGCAGGACGCCGUCCAGGACCGAGCCCUGGAGGCCACACGCAUUGCUGCCAUGAGUCUUGGCUUCACAGGUCGCACCACCUCGGCCGAAGGCGUAGCACCCGAAGCAUCCAUCAUGAUCAGAAAUGCAAGUGCCGAUGGUCGUCCGGCUUCUACCUCGCUUCGAACGGCGACCUCGUCGCCUUGGCCUGGCGCUGCCCUCAUGGGCGACGCCUCGUCGAGGCAGAGUCGUGCUGCAUCAUCUCGCAACAGCCAGAGCCCUUCUCAUUCUGGCUCGUCGACGCCCUCGUCGAGGCUGUUCCCGCAUUCGCACAAGAAGCCUCAGGUGCUCGAGACACAUCACCUGCAGCUCAAUACUCAUGCUCCCAGUGGAAGGAGGAUGAUCAAUCAAUACAUUAUUGAUGAGGAACUUGGAAGAGGGGUGCACGGUAAGGUACGCCUGGCCCGAGACACCGAGACGGGCGAACGAGUUGCCGUCAAGAUUGUCGAGCGGGAAGGCCGCAAACGGCUGGGAGGAGGUGGCGGAGGCACAAUGUCGUCGAGCUUGAAAAGGCCCACCAGCCAAAGCUCGGAUGGAAAGGGCAAAGUCAAGAUUAAGGGCAAGGGCAAGGAGUUGCCAUACGAUCAAGACGGUGACGCAGAGGCAGGAGCCGCCAGCGGGUCAGGUCAGGCUCUCGCCGCUCCGGAUCCUGGCUUCGGUCCGGGACAAGGCUCAGGACAUGCUCGCUUCAUGACGCCACCACGCUCACCUACAGCCUCAUCGACCAAACUCACGGGUACCCACAGCCCUCAGGCGUAUGCUGCAGCAAGAUACGGACGUUGGGGCGAGGGUGCACCGUCAAGGCCGACUCACGGCGAUAGGGAGCGGGAAAGAGAGAGGGAAAAGGCGAGGAAGCGGUUGCUGUGGACCACCGACAAAAAGGUCAAGCGGGAAAUUGCAAUCAUGAAAAAAUGCGCCCAUGAGCACGUCGUGGGCUUGAAAGAAGUCAUCGACGACCCACAGAGCAAGAAGAUCUUCAUGGUUCUUGAAUUCAUGGAGGGGGGCGAGGUUCAAUGGAAGGACGAGAGGGGCUUUCCGACAUUGACCGUCGAAGAAGCACGGCAGACGCUCCGAGAUGUUGUUCUCGGUCUCGAGUACCUACACUACCAGGGCAUCAUUCACCGCGAUAUCAAACCGGCCAACUUGCUAUGGGACGGCGAUCGUAAGGUCAAAAUCUCCGACUUCGGAGUCUCUCACUUCAGCUAUGCUCUCCUCGUCGCCAGUGGGGGUCUACCGAGCCAGGAGGGCAACGAGGGGGAUCCCAGCCUCCUCGACGAUCACGAACUAGCAAAGACAGCGGGUAGCCCUGCCUUUUUCGCUCCUGAGCUCUGUCUCGCCGGCGAUCCGUCUUACACCUUAACCCCUGCCGAGGUCACAGGCAAGACUGGUGCAGAUUCGAACGUCAAUACUCCUCGCAACGAGGGCGCCAAAGAGUUUCCCUGGCACGAAAAAGGUGCUGGCGGUCGUAACUCUCCCAGAGAUACUAAGACUAUUGCAUCAGCGAUUUCAAGGACCAGACCACCGAUUACCAAGGCUAUCGACGUUUGGGCUCUGGGUGUGACGCUGUACUGCCUUCUCUUUGGCCACCCGCCCUUCACAGCCGACAGCGAGUACGCCCUCUUCACCGUCAUUCCUCACGAGGAUUAUGAGCUACCUCCUACCAUGGGUGCUGAUCGGAUUCGCAUCGGUCCCCGGCACAAGAGAUGGAGAACUCUGCCACAGUGGACAGACGAAGAAGCCGAUGUUCAACCGGAAGUAGAAGCAGAUGAAGGACCGAACGUCGAUGCCUCACUGCUCUCGGAAGAAGCCACCCAGGUCCGCGAUCUCCUCGACCGCUUAAUGGAAAAGGAUCCCAACAAGCGCAUCAAGCUCGAUGAGGUGAAGAAGCACCCUUGGGUUGUGCGUGGCAUUGCAGAUCCUCCUACCUGGAUCGACGAAACCGACCCCCAGCACCUCCCAUUUGUCGAAGUCUCUCACGAGGAGGUUGAAGACGCCCUGACAGGCUUUUCAAAGUUCAAGCAGCGCAUCAAGCAAUUGCAGAAUAGGCUCCUUGGGACCCUGUCGGGUAAUGCCAAUGGCAACUUGGAAAGAAGACAGAGGAGCAAAUCCGCCUCACAAGCUCACGGAAGACCUAUCAUUGACGACAUUAGGACGACCGCCACCCCAUCGACUGGCGCGCACGACUUUGGGCAGAGCACCACCACGUCGUCGUCGUCUCGAUUGACGAGCUCUUCCAGAGGGCCACAUCACCAUCGCCCACAUCUCUUCUUUCGGCGUCAGGUCACCGCCGAUGAUGCGGCGGCAGCAAACGUGGACGACACAAAGCAGCACAGGACUCGAUCUCGCUUCUUCCAUCACGGCACGGAUGUCAAAUCAGAGCAUGCCAAUGCGCCACGCCAGCACGACGAACUCCAGAAGCUGGGUUCUCAAAGUCAGCCCAGUUCUCGGCCACAUUCUCCUCACAGCAUGGUGCCGGCGGUUGCCACUGCCCACGGUCAAUCCUCGCCAACGUCGAGACAGCCUAAACAAAAUGCGGCGAGUGUGUUGCGCGAGAUCUCAAUGACACCCGCAUCCACAUUGAAUGCACCGGCGCUCAGCACCCGAAGGCCUUCGUUACUGCAAGCUCAACAGAUCAUCAGUCCUCAAUCGGCCCACGAAGUGCCCACAAUGGAGAGAGCUAUGGCUCCUCUGACCAUGACGAGGUCCUCUUCGGACUCGAACGCAAACGAAUCCAUCGCGGACGUGGGAAAGGCGCCCGCUCAGCAGCAGCAGCACACACAAUCGUCGAUUUCCUCGUCGAGGCGCUCGCUGCGACGCUUUCCCCAUCAUUCGUCUCGCCAUCUCGCAUCUCAAGACGCGCAUCAACAUCUGUCCCUUGAACCCGAAGACGCUUCCAAGUGGAUGCUAAUACCUUUCUCGGCUCAUGACUACACUCCCUCGUCUCUCUGGCAGCAGCAAGAGAAAGUGGGACGACGAAGUCGCUCUCGGAUAGGCGAUGUCUUCCGCAGCGUGUUGGGGUCAGGCGCGGGAAGCUCCUCGAGCGACGGACAUCUUUCGCCUACGUCGAAUGGCUCCACAGCUCGUCAUCGCACCAGACUUCAAUCUCGGCCCAACACAGCAUCGUCAACGGCCUUGAUGAGCAACUCGGACAAAUCGAUCAAGCUGACGAUGAAGAAGAGCGACACUCAACAUGACAGCGAUUCGAAAAGAGUCUCGCAUGGACAAGAAGACAAGAAAUUUUCGGAAGUGGGCCACCAUCAUUCAGCAAGGGACGAUCAUGGUUUGUCAGUGGACUCGGUCGGCGCGGCAGAGCAGGUGGGACCGUUGCCUGAUCCCGCAGCGCCGGCUAGCGCUCCGCUGCCGACUUUUACGCGUUUUCUUAAUGCGAUGAGGACGACAGCGGUUGCCUCUCCGUCGGUCCCCGCCACUUCAAGACCGCCUUCACCUUUCAUGACGACAACUUCGCAAUUGAACGACGAUCAGGAUCAGGACCGGCCCCGACAAGAGCAAUCAUCGCUGCAGCAGAAAUUCGGAGUCGACGAUUGCGAUCUAGACAUUGAUGAGUUCUCCGAUGAUGAGGACUUGGGUACGCCUGCUCGUGGAAUGGAGCUUGGACAAAGAGCAGGUGACACUACACAGUACCUACACAACGCUGGUUCGGGCUGGAUGUGGAGAGACAUGAAUCAAGACUCUUUCGGAGGAGAUCGCAUGGCUCGGCAACAUGGCCACGACACUCCUACAGGUAGUAUCGGUGACCAUUCCUCUAUAGUGGAAGGAGAUACAGGCACGCAGGUGAAUGGCUCGGCCUUCGACAGCUUGACACCCUCAGUCGAAGGAGGCUACAAUCUAUUCAAACCACCUUAUGCUGGCGUACAGCAUACAGAUUCACAAUCGAACCCUGGUGGCGUCGGCGUGGGGCAAGAGGCAAUCGUCGCGACGGGAAGCGAACACGAAGGCGAAGUAGCAGCGUUGCAACGCGGAGGUGUUUUGUCGCGACUUGCCGAUGAAAGUGUUGAGAUGUUCUCCCCCCUUGCCUAUGGGUCCCACUUCGCGGGAGCGUCAGACUGCCUCACCUCGACGAGGGGACGUGACGGAGAAGAAGGUCAGGAGAUGGGUGAUGUAUCCGAGGAUCGCUUCGCGGACGCGGACGAAGACGAAGAAGAGCAUCAAGCAAGUUUUGACCGAGACGAAGAGGAGGAAAGAGAAGAGGAAGAGGAAGAGGAAGAGGAAGAGGAAGAGGAAGAAAAGGAAGAAGAAGAGGAAGGCGAGGGUGUGAGCUUUUCGACUGGAAAACACUCGCAUUCGAUGAGGAGAUAGCAAGAUUGUAGAAUGUUCGGAAGCGUAGCAGGAUCGUAGUAUACCUUUUUUCUUUCUCACUACACGUCUCCCGAAGGGAAGGAGUUCCAUUCUCUUUCGUCGUUGUUUCGACCAUCAGGUCAACUUUUGCCCGUGCUCCUCACU